GUGUCCCACCAGCCCAAUUGACGGGAGAAGUCGCAAGAGCUAUUGGCGCCCGAAGCCACCCGGAAAUUCAAACUGUUUAAAUGGUCUUGCAGAAAUGUAAGCAUUCAAACUUUCAAACUGCUUCGAGAUAUCCAUCCACCUCCCGCACUACAUAUAUUCCUUCCAUGGCUGGGCUCCUCCCCUGCUGACGAGAUCACGAGAGCGAGGAGGGAAGGGAGAGAGAGCAGCAGAAGAGGAGGAGGUUAGGCAUGGAGGGAGAGAGGGGUUGGAGCAUCGAGGGCUAUCUGAACGAGUACUUCGACAUCCCCGCCAAGAACCCGCCGAGCGACGCCCGCGGCCGGUGGCGCCGCGCCGUCGGCCUCGUCGUCCGCAACCGCCGCCGCCGCUUCCGCGCCUUCUCCGCCCUCCAGGGCCACGCCCUCGACGACGCCCAGCGCCGCAAGAUCCUGGGAAAAGUUCAGGUUGUAAUUAACGUGCACAGGGCAGCGCUGCAAUUUAUCGAUGGCAUAAAACACCACUUAACACAUGAGCUUACCGAGGAAGGAUUUUGCAUCAACCCAGAUGAACUGGCAGCAAUUACUGGCAUGCAUGAAGAUCCAAGGAUCCUCAAGGUGCAUGGUGGAACCAAUGGAAUAUCUAGGAAAAUCAAAGCUUCUUUGGAGGAUGGUGUCAAGGAAACUGAAAUAGCAACCAGGCAGAAACUUUAUGGCACUAACGAACAUGCUGAGAAGCCCCCUAGAAGCUUCUGGAUGUUUGUAUGGGAUGCAUUACAUGACCUGACUUUGAUUAUUCUGGUGGUGUGUGCUCUGGUUUCUCUAGUGGUUGGCCUAGCCACCGAGGGGUGGCCAAAGGGUAUAUACGAUGGUCUUGGCAUAAUAUUCAGCAUUUUACUGGUGGUACUUGUUACUGCAUCCAGUGAUUACAAGCAGUCAAGAAAGUUCAUGGAACUGGACCAUGAAAAGCAGAAGAUAUAUGUUCUUGUCACUAGAGAUAAGAAAACCAAGAAGGUUUUAAUUCAUGACUUGGUAGUCGGUGAUAUCUUACAUCUUUCGAUAGGUGAUGUGGUUCCUGCGGAUGGCUUGUUUAUAUCUGGCUACAGCCUACUGAUAGAUGAAUCUAGCUUGUCAGGUGAGAGUGAGCCAGUUCAAGUUUCUGAAGAAAAACCUUUUCUCCAUGCUGGGAGUAAAGUGGUAGAUGGGACAGCUAAGAUGCUAGUCACUGCCGUCGGUUCGCGUACCGAGUGGGGAAAAAUCAUGGGCACUCUUAAUGAAGAUGGAGUUGAUGAAACUCCUUUGCAAGUUAAGCUCAACGGUGUGGCUACAAUCAUAGGGCAGAUUGGUCUUGUGUUUGCUAUUCUCACGUUUGUAGUACUUCUAACAAGGUUCUUGGUUGACAAGGGAAUGCAUGUUGGUUUGCUGAGUUGGUCGGCGAAUGACAUGUUGACAAUAGUCAACUACUUUGCUAUUGCAGUGACCAUCAUUGUCGUCGCAGUUCCUGAGGGUCUACCGUUGGCUGUGACCCUUAGUCUUGCAUUUGCCAUGAAGAAGUUGAUGAAUGACAAAGCAUUAGUCAGGCAUCUCGCAGCAUGUGAAACCAUGGGUUCAGCCAGUUGUAUUUGCACUGAUAAGACCGGAACUUUGACAACCAACCACAUGAUCGUUGAUAAGAUUUGGAUCAGUGAUGUAUCCAAGUCUGUUAAUGGGGACAGAAACAUCACUGAGCUAAAAUCUGCAAUUUCAGGAGGAGUCGUGGAAAUACUUAUGCAAGGCAUAUUUGUGAACACUGGAUCCGAGGUGGUGAAAGGAGAUGACGGCAAAAACACCAUCUUGGGCACACCAACUGAAGCAGCAUUGUUGGAGUUUGGCUUGACCUUGGAAGGAGAUCGCUUUGUUGAAUACAAUAAGCUCAGGAGAGUAAGAGUAGAGCCUUUUAAUUCAGUCAAGAAAAAUAUGUCUGUGAUAAUACAGUUACCAAAUGGAGGCCUCCGAUCUUUCUGUAAAGGUGCGCCAGAAAUUAUUCUAGAAAAUUGUGAUGCUGUCCUCAAUGGCGAAGGAAAUAGAGUGCCACUGUCAGAAACUCAAAAGCAAAAUGUCUUAGAUAUUAUCAAUUCGUUUGCUUCUAAGGCACUGAGAACACUUUGCAUCUCAUUUAAGGAUCUUGAUGAAAUUUCUGAAGAGCAAACUAUACCAGAUAAUGGUUACACACUAAUAGCACUUUUUGGAAUAAAGGACCCAGUUCGCCCUGGUGUCAGGGAUGCAGUGAUGACCUGCAUGGCUGCUGGUAUUACGGUGAGAAUGGUGACAGGGGACAACAUUAACACCGCUAAAGCCAUUGCCAAGGAAUGUGGAAUAUUAACUGAGGAUGGAAUAGCAAUAGAAGGAAGAGAGAUCCACGAUAAGAGCUCAGAUGAACUGAAGGAGCUCCUGCCAAAGAUUCAGGUAAUGGCCCGCUCCUUGCCUAUGGACAAAUACAAACUGGUAACAAGCCUGAAAAGCAUGUAUCAAGAGGUUGUUGCAGUUACUGGUGAUGGAACCAAUGAUGCCCCGGCACUGUGUGAAUCAGACAUUGGACUGGCAAUGGGUAUUGCUGGCACUGAGGUGGCAAAAGAGAACGCCGACGUUAUAAUAAUGGAUGACAAUUUCAAAACUAUUGUAAAUGUUGCUAGGUGGGGUCGUGCGGUUUACUUGAACAUUCAGAAGUUUGUCCAAUUCCAACUUACAGUUAAUAUAGUGGCUCUGAUAGUGAAUUUUGUCUCCGCAUGUGUCACAGGGACUGCACCGCUUACUGCUGUCCAGUUGCUAUGGGUUAAUAUGAUCAUGGAUACAUUGGGAGCCUUGGCCUUGGCCACGGAGCCGCCAAAUGAUGAGAUGAUGAAACGGCUGCCUGUAAGGCGGGGAGAUAGUUUCAUCACUAAGGUUAUGUGGAGAAAUAUUCUUGGCCAGGCUUUGUAUCAGCUCCUUGUAUUGGGUACUCUCAUGUUUGCUGGGAAGAGACUCUUAAAUAUUGAAGGUCCUACUGCUGAUAGGACCAUCAACACUCUCAUAUUCAACUCUUUUGUCUUUUGCCAGGUUUUCAAUGAAAUAAAUAGUAGGGAAAUGGACAAGAUUAAUGUCUUCCGAGGGAUAUUCAGAAAUUGGAUCUUUGUUGGUAUAUUGUCGGCUACAGUUAUAUUCCAAGUGCUCAUAGUGGAACUUCUUUGUACUUUUGCAAACACUGUGCCAUUGAGUUCGGAAUUAUGGUUGUUCAGUAUCGUUCUUGGCUCGAUUAGUAUGAUCAUCUCCGUGAUCCUCAAAUGCAUUCCUGUUGAAAAUGGGAAGAGAGAUAUCAAGCCCCGUGGGUAUGAACUGAUUCCUGAAGGCCCAGAAACUCUGUAGUUUCACGGAGCACACAAAUUCUGCUGUUUCCACGGUGACAGCCCCCACCCAUAAGCUCUUGUGUUCUUUCACUGUGUUAAGGACUUUGUAUUCUCUGUCAGAGCCUCUCCAUCAGUGGUUUUGUAAAACAAACUGUGGCAACCCAAUCCAUCACAACGGAAUGUACCUAAGCCAAUAUAGUUUUGUUGAGCAUAGCCUCAGAAAUCAGCUAUCACGAUUAUACUGAAGCGUGUCAGAGUUAUCGCCAAAAUAUAUGGUAUGAGAUUCAGCAUCGACCGUGGAAAGUGCCAAGAUGAUCAGAUAAGUUCAGACAGUGAAGCAUCGGUGACUGGAAACAGGGAAGCAUUAGGUUAGGCCGCCUGUGUAUUACUCCCUCCGAUCCAUAAUGUAUAAAGUUCUACUAAAUCAACGACACUUAUUAUGGAUUAGAGAAAGUACUCCCUCCGUCUCAUAUUAACUGGCCAAAUAUAAAUGUAUCUAUGUUUAAAUAGGGUCUAGAUACAUGUAAUAAAAAGUCAGUUAAUACGGGACGAGUUAUGACUGUACAUGGAUUUUUAUUUUGGUACAUAGCUUCCACCGGACAUAUAGCUUUGAUGCCUUCUCUUGCGUCUUGAAAUCUGAAAGUACAGUUUUGUAACUCUAGUGACUGAUAAUUGUUUAGAUGGCACUUCAAGAACUCCUUGAAGCAAUAUUGGCAUUCA